CCAACUUGCCAACUUACCAACCUACCGAUCUGACUCGACUAAGCGAAUCCUGAUAUCUGACCUUUUGCCUCGACUGCGCCUUGGACGACAUAGCACAGCUCUGCUAUUGUAUGACCGCCCAACUCUAUAUUAUACAACGACCACAAGCCGAGUAAAUCGCCAAAGAUUGGCGAGGAUUGUCCAGGCGAAACUAAUUAACCAUCAAAACCAUAUCACUGGCCAAGAUUCCCAUAUUCGCUACCACCGCCACUACUACCACUGCUGCUACUUUCUUAUUGCUAGGACGAAUUCGUCCUAACACGACUUGGAGCAAUAGGCCAUGAGAAAUGCCCAGUCGGUUGCAAAAACCUCGAUCUCGUCCAUACGAGCCCGAAGCCGCUAUUCAACAAGAUAUUGAAAACGAAUCUUCGUACUCGUUUGCUCAAGUGUUAGAUGCGAGCCCUAAAACAAAGCGCCCUUCUACUUCAUACAGCGUAAAAAACACCAUGAAUACCUACAACUCCUCUCCCAACCCAAAAUACCAUCCUUACGCCAGUCCUGGUUUUUCUUCACCAAACGGCAACAGCAAAAUUCCUUCCACCAUACGGACCGUCCCCAGCUUCGAAGAGCCUUCAGAUGCCUCCUCGUUAGACUCGCCCUCUGCACGAAAUAGCGGGUUUUCUAGUUCGGUCAACAGCAAUAUUAGCAACGGCACCUCACAUCAUUCACAGCAACCGCAAGCAUAUAGCAGCUCAACCGUCAGAUUAAAACCACAAUCAUCUGGCUUAGACUCGCCAAGAUCUCAAAGCGAAGCCUCAUACAUGUCUACAAGCGAUGCGACGCCGCGGCGGGACGAGAACGUCGAGGAUUCGACCCCAUCUCUACAAGUUCCAGAGUUUACCAUGUUCGAAGAUCAGCAAGCAAGAACUGAACCUUCACCACAGUGGGAUGGUGCCGUUGGCAAGGCUGGUCUGGGGAAGACUGGCCGUGUGAUUAACAAAUUGGUGUCGGACAACGAGACGCUGAAGCGCGAUAUUCAAAUUGAGAGAUUAAGGGCUGAUGAGGCAAAGCAAGCCGCCAAAUUAAUCGAGGACAAGAUGGAGCGCAUGAUAACAGACUACGAUGCUCGGUUACACGACUCCAGCGUCAAUAAGACGCUACUUAGUCGCAAGGAGCGCCAGGUGGAGUUUUUACAGUCCUUGGUCGACCAAGAGAAAAAACGUACCGCUGAAGCUCAAGAGCGCGAAAAGGGAUGGAUGGAAGAACUAGAGAAAAGCCGUCGUGACGCCCAAGUUCAGGUCGAGGAGGCUAAAGCCCACGCGAUGCUAAUGGAAGGCCGAUAUAACGCUAUCUCAUCGCAUUGGAAGGAUCAAGGCGAAGAAGUGAAGCGCGUCAUGGCCGGUCUCGAUGUUAAAAUCAAGGCUUUAGUUGAGGAACGCCGGGUGGACGAUGAAAAGAUCAAUGUUCUCCGCGAUCUGUGUGACCAGCAAGAUGGAAAUAUCCGAGACCUCCAAAAGCAGAAAGAUGACAUUGUCCAACAGUUUGAGGCCUAUAAGCGCGAGCAAGAGCAAGCACUACGAGAUAUAAAGAAAAUGGCCCGUGAAAGGGAAGAGGAACAGGAGAGGACACUGGAGGAGUCGAAACGAGUUCUUGGACAGCUAAGAUGGGCACUCAACGUGAAGAAAAACGUGAAAGGUGCUGAGUGAUAGGUAUCCAAUUUUUGGGCGUU